CAACUACCGAUGCCUGUCUAUAUUAGGUGAUCAGCGCCAGGCACCGCUCAGCAGCUGCCUGAGCGCAUCUCCUCCACCACCCCUCUCCGGGCUAGCCUGGCACUCUGCUAGCUAGCGUUGAACGCCAAUGGCGAGACGUGAGCUGUUCCUCGCGCUGCUGUGCCUCGUGGCCUUCGAGCUGGCCGCCGGCGUCGCAGACGCGAGGAAGAUGGUUAGCGUGUACGAGCUCAAGAGGGGGGAUUUCUCCGUCAAGAUCACCAACUGGGGCGUCAGAAUCAUGUCCGUCGUCCUACCCGACUCUAAAGGGAAUUUGGCCGAUGUCGUCCUUGGCAAAGACACCAUCGCUGAAUACGUUAACGAUACCUUUUACUUCGGGCCGGUGACCGGCCGCGUAGCACAGAGAAUAGCCCGGGGUCGGUUCGUCCUCGACGGGGAAGUAUACCACCUGUACAGAAACGACGGCAGGAAUACAGUACACGGUGGUGGCAGAGGGUUCAGCAAAAGCAUUUGGACGGUGAAGGAGUACGUCGGUGGCGGCGACUCGCCAUACAUCACCUUGUACUACCGCAGCUUCGACGGUGAGCAAGGUUUCCCGGGGAACCUGGACGCGUACGUGACGUACCGACUGUCGAGCCCCUACACGCUGGGCGUGCACAUGAACGCAACGGCGCUGGACAAGGCGACGCCGGUGAACUUCCUGCAGCACACGUACUGGAACCUGGGCGGGCACGGCAGCGGCGACGUCCUGGGCCACACGCUCCGGCUCUUCGCGUCGCGGCACGUCCCACUGGACGAGGAGCUCCUCCCUUCGUCGGGCCGCGUCGCGCCCGUGGCCGGCACGCCCUUCGAUUUUCAGACCCCGACGCUCAUCGGGGCUCGCAUCCACAAGGUCGUGGGCGGGCGCAUCGUCGGGUACGACGCCAACUACGUCAUUGACGGGGAGGGCAUGCGGCCUGUGGCGGCCGCCCGGGACGGCGCGUCCGGCAGGGCGCUGGAGCUGUGGGCGAACCAGCCGACCAUGCAGCUGUUCACGGCGAACAUGUUGAACCACACCAAGGGGAAGGACGGCAAGGUGUACGAGCAGUACGGCGGGUUCUGCCUGGAGACGAUGGGGUACGUGGACGCCGUGAACCACCCCGAGUUCCCGUCGCAGACCCUGAGGCCCGGCCAGGUGUACAAGCACGACAUGCUCUUCAAGUUCUCGUUCUAGGUGCAUGAUUAGGUUUGGUGUAUUGUGCACAAGCAAGCACCAGCUGUAAAAUCAGUUCACUAUUGGUCUUUGGAGGGAAUAACAUUCUCGGAUCAGAGGAGAUCAUGAUCUUCUUUUGACUAAAACAGAGAACUAGUUCAUGCAUUGUGUUUUAUUGCUUC